CUAUCGAUGAGCCCCCAUCACCUUUCGAUAUUUUCCUUUGUCAAAAAAAAAAAGUAAAUAAAAAAGUAAAUAAAAGAAUUUUAUUUCCCAGCGAAACAAAUCAAAAUCACCUUACAACAAAUGGACGACGAGGAGACAGCAGAAAUUAAUUCGGGUCACGGUACGACAGACGCAGCGGGGGCCCAAGGCUAUGCCAAUGGUGGGCCAGGGGGGAUGGGGGAGCCGAGAACGCAGCCUCCCGAGGAUGCGCAUGAAGUCGAGCAGAUACAGCUGCAGCUGCAGCCCCAGCAACAGGAGGAACCACAGGAAACUGGGAACAGUGCAAUAGAUCCCCUGCAGGCAGCAGAGGAAGAUGAGGUUUUCGCAGAUCCAGAGGCGGAGCGGGUCAAUCAGAACGACACCCAGGAUGUGGGUACCGACACUCCCGAUGCGAGUAGCGACAUGUCCUUGGAGAGCCGCGGCAGCGAAGAUGAUUCCGAUUUAGAGGCCCUGCCCCGCUGGAUGAUUCCUCCAAACCGCCACCUGUCUGCUGUGGAGCAAAUGGUGGCGCAGGCCCGCAACCGGGAUGGAGGAAUAGCUGCCCUGCUUAACCGGGACAAUUUCCUGCAGCGAGUGCGGAGCAUGGUCUUCAGCCAGGAGCGGCGUCGCAGUCGCACUAGCGACGAGACCAGCCAAGAGGAAGCCGAACCCUCGAACCCAGCCCUGCCACCACCGCCAGCACCGGCACAGCCAGACAUCGACAUGGAGGAGGGUGUGCACUUCGACACCAAUUUGCCGGCGGAGCACUCGUACUUUGGCACGCACCUGAGCCGCGUGCCAGGCGUGGACUACCUGGAGGUGGGCAGCACCCAUCACAUGCUCAUCUUCCUGCACCAGCACAUCCUCUUUCCCGGCGAGGUUCUGCCCUUCAUGAUCGACGGCAGCAUGUUCGAUGACGACAUGCCUGGCCUGGAUGGCCUGAUCUUUGGCGUGGGCUUCCCGCUGAUGCAGCCGCCGGAGAACAACCCGCACAAGUUGUACGGUGUCACGUGCCAGAUCUACGAGCGGGGUGAGAGCGACCGAGAGUUGGUGUUCUACAAGUCUCGCGCUCUGCAGCGCAUCGUCAUCAACUGCGACGAUAUCCAGGGACCGCCGCACUACAUAGCCCGCAAUCCGACGACCAAGUGCUUCAGCAAAGUCAAGGUUCUGCCCGAGUACUUCCUGCCCGAGCCCCUGCAAACCGUGGAUAUGGGCUCAAUGGCCCGGUUUAGGGAUAUUUCCUCGAUGCGGGACCAGUACCGCCGGUUCCAGUUGGCCAGUACUCCCUGGCCGGCGGAUGCCUGCCAGGAGUAUGCCUUCGACGACAUCGUGGAGCGGGCACGCAAGAAGCUGGAAAUUCACAAGAUCAACACCAUGCCAAAAUGCCCCAUCCAGCUCUCGUUCUGGCUGGUGCGCAAUCUCCACCUGAACGAGAAGAUGAUGCGACUGACCUUCCUCACAGACUCGGUGAACACUCGCCUCCAGUUGAUCGGGAGCACGCUGAAGGAGGAGUCCUUCUUCUACUGCCGCUAUUGCAACAGCAGCCUGGCCCAUUGCUCGGAUCUAUUUGCCAUGUCCAAGCACGGGGUGCAGACGCAAUACUGCAAUCCAGAGGGCUACAUCCAUGAGACAAACACCGUUUACCGUGUGAAACACCAUGCCAUAGGCUACAGCGGCGAGCCAUCCACCAAAUUCAGCUGGUUCCCGGGCUACCAGUGGCACAGCAUCCUGUGCAAGUUCUGUGCCCAACACGUCGGCUGGGAGUUCAAGGCGGUGCAGCCCAAUCUCACUCCCAAGGUGUUCUUCGGCCUGGCCGGUUCCAGCGUUCGGAUUGGAGGUGCCAGCGAGAACACGGUCAACGGCAGCUCCUUUGUGGUAAGGAACAUGCUGCGCCUGAUCUCCAACGAGAUGGAAUGAGGCUGGCGCCUGCUGAAGCGAUGCUUCUGCUGCUCCUGCUGCCGUUGUACGGAUGACAUUGCUUAAAUCGCUGUGGGAAAGAUUGAUCUACACAUAUGGACGCGUAUAUGUUCUUUAGUUAAAUAAAUUAUAACUAGUUGAUAUUUAAGAUAAUUUGAAACUAAAACUAAAGCUUUUCUCUAAGUUACACUGGAAAAA